UAAUCUGGUUUCCCAUUCAUUCUCUAUGGUAGUGCUAAACCACUACGGGUGUAAUGCGCACUCCGGCCACUGCCGCCUUUGGCGCUGUAACCGCCUAAAACUCCGUCUCGCCUCCUCGACUGUGUCAGUGAACAGAGAAGAGGAGAGAUGAAGUCGACAUCGCCAACUACUCCUGACAUUUGGAUUUGUUUUCUUCAACUAAGGCCAGCAUGGAAAAACCAUUCAGUUUCUUUCCUGGGAGGAUGAAAGUUUUUUUCCGCAAGUGACCUCGAGGUUAUCUGUGUCAGGAUCCAACUGAUGCAGCUAAGCUUUUCAAGGACAACCCUUCUCUGCAGGACAAUUCUGAACCUCUAAAGGAGGACACAGUUAAACAAAAUGCCCUGACUGUGGUCCGUCACAGAGGAGGGGGUGCCACAGACAAGACAGAGGUGCUGGGGGAUUACAUCUUGCAGUUUGGCAAAUACAAGGGGAAAUCCUUUAGUUGGCUGUUGGAAAAUGAUGUAGGCUAUACAUAUAACUGUCGACCCGAGAGCACCUGGAGGGAGGUGUGGGACAGGAGGGCUGAUGGGUACGCAGUCUACAUCAUGAGAACUAAGUGUUUUCCAUGGACUCAGAUGUACAGACUGCAGCAGUACCUGAAAAGGAAACAGUCGGCCUCUGUCUGCUCUCCACCAGUUCUUGUCUCAAGUGCACCACACAAAUUCAAAUUCUUUAUGUUUGUGUCACAGUGAUGGAUGAUGAUGAGGAGCUGGAGAGAGCAAGAAGAGCAUAUCACCCACCAAAUAACUGGCACAGUGUUUUACCCACAAUGGCCAAAUACAUCACACACCUUGAACUGUCCCUUGAUGCAGCUGAAGAGCCAACGUUCCGAUCAAAAGGCUUCCAGAAAAACAAUGUCGAUCUGAACAAUGGGGCAGGAGGAAAGUCCAUCCAUCUCUGGUACAAAAAAGAAAGUGGCGCAGAGCCAAUCACCAGGAUUCAAUGCGCAUUCAACAGGAAGAUGGAAGAUGGAUUGAUCGAUGCGGGGUACCAAAAGGUCGUCGACUGGUUCAUCCUUUGGUACUUCCAAGGGCAAACAGAGUACGACAUUCCCAUAGUGGACAUUGAUGUCACUACAGAUGAUGACAGUGCGGCCAGGAAGUUUACCCUUGGCUGGGAGAGACUGUCCUUAGACCUGGGAUUAUUUGGAACCAGGUUCCACUUCUGGCUGAAGAGAGAGAAACCAACAUACAUCUGUGAUGUCUCUGCCACUGAAACCAACACAUCAGACGGAAGGUACUUCAAGGAAGGUUUCAUCCGCAUCGAUGACGACAUCAACAAGUCUGCAGGAGGAUCAGAUGUCUUCACCUGGUACCGUCAGACCACCGACCCCCAGCGCGCCCUCAGUGAUCUGAACGUCUCCACCAAUGAUCUUGAGUAUCAGGUCCUUCAGCGGCAGAAUUACCACCGAGUGAGUGUGAACCUCAACGAGGGGACCGGCGGUAACCAGGUGUACCUGUGGUACAAGAAACAGGCAGGCAAUGAUCGCAUUAAGGGCCUUCUUCUCAUACCAGAUGUUGUUGAAGGUUAUCGUAAGGCUGGUGUCAAUGUUAUUGAAAGAAAUCUCAACGCAGGCAACAAAGGCCCCACUGAGUACCUGUGUUUUUAUCAGUGAAAGCCUGAGAAAGCCUUCUUCAUGUUAACAGAGCUGAGAAUCAUCAACACUAGUGGAAAGCUCAGUCCAACAAUGCUGUUAAAUCAUUUUGGUGAUUGUUUCUUCUAACUUUUUUUUUGCUUUUUUCAACCUUGCUGUCAAUUAAAUCAAUCAAAGUAUUUCAAAUGUCAAUUUUUAAACAAUGAUGAUAAAUGAAUUGUGGAGUUUGCUGCUUUUCAAUAAAGACACAUUUACAUCUUAA